UGUUCAACCACUUGACCGGCAUAGAAGAAGUUUUCCUUGAGGAGGAAGUUUUAUUGUGGUUCAAAUUUUUCUUGGCUCUUUUUGGGAUUCCACAUUCGCGCACUCUUGAUGAGUGCUUAAGUUGAGCACAAGAAUAUUAAUUGCAAGUUCUCGAUAAAAUUUAUUUCUUUUCUUCUUUUGUUGUUGUUUGCUCUCCAAGAAAGUAGUUCAAGUGUUAAUGUGUGAUUGGGUAUGAGAAUUGGCAAUGUAAGACGUACAAAUUGUGGUUACUUUUUGAGAGAGAUUUCUUUAGAACACCUCAAGAAUUCUAUGCAGAAUUUUUUUCUCGUGGAUGCUAGAAAGUGAUUUAAUUUAUUUUUCAAUUAACAAAAUAUUCUAUAACUCUGAGAAUAUUAUGAACAAUUAAGGAAGAAAAUCUCUUUAUGGUGUUUUCGUGGAAUUUGUGGAGUACAGUCGUAGGACAAGGAAGAUUUCAAUGCGAAAAUAAAAUGGUUCUAGUGUUAAAUGGUGUACUACAAGAUGAUUGCCCAUUGAACACAACAUCGUUAUUCCUACAGCAUCCCGUCUACAGAGAUCAUGCCAAUCAACUUCUAUCAAUACCCACUAAAACGGUCGGUCCUAUUGGACUCCUGUAUGUCCGCCAAAGAGAAAUGGCUGCUGUUGCACCGCACGAUAAAAAUGUAACAAUAAUUGGGUCUGAUGAUGCCACAACGUGCAUAAUUGUCGUUGUUCGGCAUUCAGGAUCUGGGGCUGUGGCUUUGGCGCAUCUCGAUGGUGCUGGAACAGAUGAAGCUGUAUCAGCCAUGGUGACACGUGUUCAGGAAUUGGGUAUUGGGUACCCUGAGGGGCGCAUUGAGUUGCAACUGAUUGGGGGCUUCCGUGAUCAAAAGGGUUAUUCGGAAGAUCUCUUCUACAACAUAAUGCAAGCAUUUCACAAACAUCCGCUGGAGAUUGAUUUGACUCAGGCGUGUGUUAUGGACCUCAAUACAACUGUUCGCGGUGAUAUAAAUUGGCCCAUAAUCUACGGUGUUGGUGUUAAUGUGAAGAAUGGUGACAUCUUUCCUGCAACAUUUCCCGAUAAGGGCCCAGAUUUGCCUCUACGCCAAGCAAGGAGUUUUACAGGAGGCCAAACAGUACUGGACAUUUAUGAUUCAAAUGUGGGAAUGCUGCGAAUCGGUCCAUUCAACUAUGAUCCCCUACGUGGGGUCGACCUAUGGCUGGCGCAGAGUGAUGAAUUCCUGCUGCAGCAUCUCUCAACUAGUCCUGAAGUUGAACCACCAACAUUCGCCAUGCAACUCCGGUCCACACUUCGAUACAUUCAGGACAAUCAAUUCCCAGCCGUGACGGUCUUUCCGGACAAUCGGCCGCACUACUACCGACGUGACGAAGCAACGGGAUGCUGGCAGUUGGUGCGCUACUGAUUUGUUUUUAAUUAAUUAUUAAUUUACUGUCUAUAAGAAAAUGUUACAAAACUGCUGCUCCGAUGUGUGAAAAAAAAAAAGAAGAAAUCAAAAAAAACUACAAGGAGUAAAUUAAACUAUAUAAAUAUAAAAUAAGUUCGAUGGAAAAAUCAAGUGAUAUAUUAAAAAAAAAAUGAAAUUAGAUAGAGUAAAAAUGGUUAAUUGCAAUAUACAAGAAAAAAUAAAAUUGAAGAAAUUAAUCGCUCUGUGAAAAAUCCAAGAACUGAGAGCGAAUGAAGGAAAAAAGAAAAUAUCUGAGACUUUAAACUCUUUCUUUUUGAUAUAAAUAAUGUUUUGUAGAGGAUAGAACUGAUAGCAUUGAGCAGGAAAUGAAAUUUAUAUUGUUUUCAUUUUUUUUAAGUAAACUUUAACUACACUGUACGUAAUUUCCACAAUAAUGAGACAUUUUUUGUAUAUAAAUGAUGUAUUUUUUUUCUCAGUUACAUACCACUUGCCAUAAUCUAAUUUAUUGAGAGAAAUCUUCUUUUUUUGUAGAGAGCUUUGCGAUUUUAUUAUUUUCUGUAUAUCAGUUUCUGUCCAAUUUGUUACAAGAGAGGCGAUUUUACAUGGAAAAAUAGAGAAGAGUAUAUCUGUAUGAAGAAAAUACUUGGACGCAUUUUAAAAAUGAAAUCAUGCUAAUAAAUAGAUAUGCAAUAUUUAAAAA